AUGUCGGGGUUUUCAGGGACAGCGCGAACCUACUGCGCGCGGUGGAUUGGGCUCAUUUUCCAAGGCGGAGUGGUGCCGGUUCUUGGAUGCACGGCCGGUCCGCAGCUGCGAGUUCGUCAGCGCCAGCCCUUCGGACCUCAGGGGGGGGGGAAGUUAGGGCCUGUUUCCCUUUCUAAAUCCCCUCAACUACUGUUGGUUAAAAGAAUGCAGGGAGUAGAACCGGAGGGGGGAAGCGUCGGGUCCGCCCCGCGUGAAAGCGGCUGGGGCGUACGACAGGCUUCGCGAGCUGGGGGCGGUUGUGUUUCGCGUGGGUCCGUUAUAUUUACCCCUUCCGUUUGUAUCUCCACUAAAGAGAAAGUGGUGUCCCGAUCCACACUGUAUUGCUUCGCCGUGUGCAAUUGCUGUGCCGCUGGGGAGUGCCUUACGGCGUCGUGGGACCGACGUGGCUCGGGGACUUAA